CCCUGUUCGCCGCCCCUCUUUGGGGUUGGGGGGGCGGGCGACUCCGAGGAGGGCUCCCAGCCGCGGAGGGGGGCCGACUCCAUGCCGGACCCAGGGUCCCGCUCCCCGCAAAUGAUUCAGAAUCCCCCAGUGUCUUUCACUUUCAGUCUCCAGGAAAUGGAUCUGCGUAGACCGUGUAUAUCCAACUGGUACCAUAAAGCAGGAUAAUCACAACGUUAAUCCCGGGUUGAAGUUCAGCUUGGAGGGAACAGAGAGUUGGGCGGGGGCGAGAUGGCCCUGGUGCCCUAUACGGAGACCGCGGAGAUGGGGCUGCAGAGAUUCCACAAGCCUCUGGCCACCUUCUCCUUUGCAAACCACACGAUACAGAUCCGGCAGGACUGGAAGCAACUGGGAGUCGCAGCGGUGGUUUGGGACGCGGCUGUCGUUCUUGCCACAUAUCUGGAGAUGGGCACUGUGGAGCUCAGGGGCUGCUCUGCUGUGGAGCUGGGUGCUGGCACAGGGCUGGUGGGCAUAGUGGCUGCCCUGCUGGGCAUAAUCACACCAGCAGAGAAGAAUGGGAAAGGAAGUAACAAUAGAGAGUUUUGGAGACCGGAAACAGGAAUUCUUUACGCAGUCAAACUUGCUCAAGGAACCACUGGAAACAAAACUCCACAAGAGAAAGACAGUAGGAAGGCAACCUCCAAAAUGACGUUACACAGCAGACGUGGAGGACAUCCAGACCAGAAGAAUGGUGUCCCGAGAGAUAGGUAUGUUGAGGACUGUCAUCACCAAAAUCCCUGCUGGUACUGUAUCUUCUUUUUACUAGAGGGCUGAGUGCUUGGAUGAGUCCCGAUUAGGAUCUGUACACAUUUGCCUUGACAUGUACUUAAGAGGCCCUGAUGCUCUCACCUUUGUUCCUGCACCUGCUUCAUCGUGAGCGUACGUUUACUUCAUCCCUAAAUAUAAUCUGCUUUGCCUUACUCCUCAGGGCUGGAGGUGGGCCCCAGUGAUUAGGAGAAAACACAGAACAUCCCACUGCUUCUGACUACCAGAAGACCUAGUGUUCGGCCCUAGUAUUCCUGCUAGAGACCUAGUAUUUGACCUGUAUUUUAGCUCAGUGUGGUGACCAUAUGUGAUUAGUCCUCCAUUUCCCAAGAACCAUUCUUGCUCCAGACUCUCCUGUAGGAGAGCUUUUAAACUCUCUGGGAAGCGGAAGCUCCACAUCCCACUCUUCUUACCUGGCAGGUUAUUUGUUUGCUAUUUGGUUUUUAUAUUAACCACUUUUCUCACUCAUAUAUAACAUAAUGCCAAUAAAUGUUAAUAAAACAUUUGAGGAAAAAUACAUAAGAACAAAAAAUAAAGAUGAGAAUAUAACCUUAGAAUGUUUAAGACAAAAACGAAAUGAAAGAACUAUGAAUCAUAGUUUAAGAAAUACAGGGACAAAAACUAUCAUCCUUGAUAUUUACUUGUGUGUCAAUUUAUUUGUUUAUUCUAUCUUUUUCGUUUAAGCACAUGUAAAAUUAGCCUUUCAGAUUAUGUGUCCCUAUGCCCCCAAAUAAAUCUAUGAUAUGGAAAAAAACAAAACAAAACCCAGUUAUCAUAGUUUUAUUCCUUUAAGAGACCAUCUACCCAUCAGUUUAAAUGUAAUUAUCCUGAAUCAUGUCACUACUACAAAUAGUGUGUUAGUAUUUAGCAAUACAUUUUUCUGUUACUGAAUACUGUCAUUUCUAAAAUUAGGCUGAUACUAAAUAAAUAGGAAUUUUGAUAUUCUAAGAAUGUCACCCCUCAUUCUAUGUAUAUCUCUAAUAAAAACUAAGUUCUCUUGUAUUUGAAACAUAUUCCUCUUAGAAGAGACAACUUGGAAUCUCUCCAUGUUUUUAUACCUGGGCUAAUGUGGCAAUCUGUGGCUGGGCUUGAACUGUCAUUUGCUGGCUUUCAGCUUCUGUUACAGCUGCAUCUCCACUCUGCUGGUUCUCUGCUCCAGAUUCCAUGGUCAUUUAGUUACCUACAAUAAUAUGGAAGAGUGUUACAAGCACUACAGUGCUUUGUGCUUUUGUGGUUUUAAAGGCAAUUUUCAAGUUAUAAAAAGGUAUAUGUGGUGGUUAGGUUAGCAGAUGCACUCAGAAACCUAGUUAAGCUACAAUGUAGUUGGAUUACUGUCAAGACUUGUCCAAAUAUGCUGAGCUGUAAAAGUUCUAGUUUUUUCAAAAAAGAAAAAAGCUUUUUCCUUUUACUUCCCAAUAUUACUCCAUCUGUUAUGGAAGAUGGGAUUCCCCUCUUCCACGAAUCUGUCCUAAUAAGGAGAGGAAGGGCAGCAGCAAAGUUUUAAUUUUUUCAAAAUGUAUCAAUCAGGUAAGGAGGGAGGGCAGAGAGCAGAAGUGAGCUGAUGACAGGGUCUAUGAGAUACAGGCUUCAAGGUACCUCCUAUAAAGGUAUUCCCUCUAUGAUAGGGAAGAAACAGAAAAAUUAUAACCUACUUCCUCAGGAAAUUGCUGGUGGUUAAGACAAAAUAGCCCAAGUUUCAAGAGCUCAACUUAUGGCUCUUGACACAGAGUCAAAUUAGAGACCUCAAACACAGAAAAGGUUCUUUUGCAUUCUGACUCAUUACCCUAUAUAAAUGUGCAACACUCCAUACGUGCAUGUAUACCCACAAACAACACACACACAAUAAAACACUUAAAAUUUUUAACUAGAUUCUGGAUAAAUUAAUCAAGGCUGAUCCUUUUAGAUCCUGCUUUGCUAAGAGUUUAGAGUGUUUGUUAGAUCUGGCACUGGGUGACUGCAAAAGUGGAGGGCAAUUCCCAGCAGUGGACACUACUUUGAGAUUAGAAAAACUGAUUAUAUAUAUAGCAGAUAAACUGGGGGAGGAACUGUGUCUCAAGGAGUCACAAUAAAAGGGAUUAUUUCUUACUUGUGUCCUACUGUUAUCACUCAGUUCCUAACAUAUUACCUGUCAAAAAUAAAUUUAAUAGUAAGGACUACCUAUGGUGAUUUGAUAAACAACACAAAAACUCCAAUGCUUUUCCAGAAUUUAUUACAUUUAUUUUAUAACUCUGAAACUGAUAAUCAAGAGUCAUUAAUCCUUAUGUGAUUAUUACAUGCCAUCAAAAUGUAUCACAUACUAACAUUCUGCCACUAUUCACAGGAGUCUAUAAAAUGUUUUUACAAGUGACAGUUAAAAAUGAAAAUAUCUCUGUGGAAAUGAAUAAUUUAGAAAUAAAGAAGCCACAAAACAAAUGACAAAGGAAAAGAUCAACAGAUUUGACUACAUAAUUAUUUAAAAUAUUAACAAGACAAAAGCCACCAAGACAAGUAUACAAGGAGAAAAUAUCUCAUACAUACAAUCAACACAAUAACAUCUAGAAUACAGAGAAACUACUACUCAGUAAGAAACUCUUAUUAUUUAUUGACUAGUUUACAAAGAUAGAAUUUUUUUUGGAAUAGUAAAAAACUAGAAACAAGUAUCCAUCAUUAGAAGGACCAUUAAAAAAUUACGACCCAGAGGGAUGGUAUGGGGAGGGAGGAGGGUUCAGGAUGGGGAACACAUGUAUACCUGUGGCAGAUUCAUUUUGAUAUUUGGCAAAACUAAUAAAAUUAUGUAAAGUUUAAAAAUAAAAAAAAUAAAAAAAUUAAAGCAAUGAAAAACAAUGAAGUCUAACUAUAAUGGAAUGACAAAUAAAGCUUUCCAAGACAGUGAAAUGGCAAGUUAUAGAACUUUUUAUAAUGUAGAACCCCAUUUACAUUAAAAAAAAAAAAAUGUAUAACAAAUUGUUAUAAAGGUAUAUGCAUGGAAAAGGUGUAGAAAUUUUAACUGAAUCAUAGUAAGUGCUGGCUCUGAAGAGAGAAAGAUUUGGUAGAACUGUAAAUGAUGAUUUGCACCUUUUAUAUAUUUCAGUACUUUUCUGUGGGCAUGGAUUCAGGAUUAUGUGUUCAAUUAAAGACAUUUUAAUACCAGAAACGAUGGGUAACAUUUUCAAAAUAUGAAUCAAAAGCUUUACUUCAGUCAUGAUUUUGAGAUAUCCACUGAUAAAAAGUUUUUAAUCUGAUACCUAUAAUAUGAAAUUAGUAUUUGUUCAAAAUUUACCUAAACUGUUUACCCCAAUUUCCAGAGUAAAAAUAACUAUUUUUUUAAAAGAAUUGUAAAAUAACUUUACUACCCCCUGUGAUAAUUCAUUUGAGUUGUACACUUAAAAUCGAUGUUCUUUUAAACUAAAAAAUUUCACACAGACUUAAAAGUAACAGAAAGCAACAUCAAAAAAUAGUUUGUGAAUACUAAAUACGGUUCAUACUGUUGCUCUGGAAGAAAACAUGAAAGCAAAACAAUCUAAUCUUAAUAAUAACAAUAAAGUAAGUAAAUGAUCCAUCUGAGGACAGCACUGAGUCAAGCUAAAUAACAGCAGAAACCCACAAACUUUUCUCUGUCUUCUGCCCCACAUCAUCAACUUAAUGAGAACAAAGAUAAACACAAAUUUACCAUCACAAUACCUUUUCAUAGAGAAUACACAACCAUUUUGAAAAGACUUCAGUCCAAGCCACAUUUUGUUUUUAAAUCUUCUGGCUGCACCAUACCACAUGUGGAAUCUCCCACCAAGGAUCACACACUCCCCAGCACUGGAAACACGGAGUCCUAACCACUGGGCCACCAGGGCCGUCCGCUGCAUUUUUUUUUAACCUAUGCUGUCAUCCAAACAGUUUCACCCUACCAUCUGAUAAAAAGUAACUCAAAGCACAGAUCAUACUUCUUCUGUUUACUUUUCAGUAUGUUAGAGCCACUUAAUUUUCUUUUAACAUUUAAGGUGUGUGCUUGCUAAAUUACUUCAGUCGUGUCCAACUUUUUGCGACCCUGUGGACUGUAACCCACCAGGCUCCUCUGUCCAUGGGAUU